AUGGACGUCUUGCAGAUCUCGAGUUGGAGCAUCCUCUCAAGCAACAGCAGCUCAGUCAUACUGCCCAUCAUGCAAGGAUUCACUUCUCUGCUCCUCCUAGGCAGCGCUGCCUUCCAGUCCGUCUUUGGUCUCCCUGGCCUUUCCGAGCAGGUCCGACGAGACCCUCACAUUCUCAAGAGGGCCGUCGAUGAUUACUUGACCACCGAGGAGCCUAUUGCUCUUGCGCAGCUCUUGUGCAACAUCGGAUCCGGUGGAUGCCACUCCGGCGGAGUGGCUAACGGUCUUGUCAUUGCUUCUCCGUCCACGGACAGCCCUGACUACUUCUACCAUUGGACACGUGACGCUGCCCUUGUUUUCAAGUCCAUUGUCGACCGAUUCGCCAACAGCUAUGACGCCUCUUUGCAGACUGAGAUUCAGAACUACAUCACUGCCCAGGCCAAGCUUCAAACAGUAUCUAACCCCUCUGGUUCGUUCUCUGACGGAACGGGUCUAGGAGAGCCCAAGUUCAACAUUGAUGGUAGUGCUUUCACCGGUAGCUGGGGUCGUCCCCAGCGAGAUGGUCCGGCUCUUCGAGCCAUUGCUUUGAUUGGAUACUCCAAGUGGCUGAUUAACAACGGCUACACCUCAACUGCUAGCAGUGUCGUCUGGCCCAUCAUCGCCAACGAUCUCGCCUACGUUGCCCAGUACUGGAACCAGACCGGUUUCGACCUUUGGGAGGAAGUCCAGGGAAGCUCGUUCUUCACCGUCGCCGCCCAGCACCGAUCUCUCGUUGAGGGAAGCGCCCUAGCUAAGAGCCUCGGCAAGACCACCACUUCCUACGACGCCAUCGCUCCCCAGAUUCUUUGCUUCUUGCAAUCUUUCUGGUCCCCAUCCGGAGGCUACGCUUUGGCUAACAUCAACGUGAACAACGGCCGAACCGCCAAGGACGCGAACGUCAUCUUGGGUUCGAUCCACACCUUCGACCCUGCUCUCGGCUGCGACGCUGCCACUUUCCAGCCUUGCUCCGACCGAGCUCUUUCCAGCCACAAGGUCGUUGUCGACUCCUUCCGAUCCAUCUAUACCCUCAACUCGGGUAUCAGCUCCGGAGCCGCUGUCGCCGUCGGACGAUACCCCGAGGAUAGCUACUACAACGGUAACCCGUGGUACCUUAACACCCUUGCCGCCGCCGAGCAGCUUUACGACGCCCUGUACGUGUGGCAGACCACGGGCUCCAUCACCGUCACCUCCACCUCUCUCUCCUUCUUCCAGGCCCUUGUCUCUGGUGUCACCGCCGGCACUUACGCCUCCAGCACCGACACCUACACUAACAUCUACAACGCUGUCUUCACCUACGCCGACGGCUUCGUCAACAUCGUCUCCAAGUACGCCGCGACCAACGGCUCCCUAGCCGAGCAGUACGACCGCAACAGCGGCGUUCCCCUGUCCGCCCGUGACUUGACCUGGUCGUACGCCUCCCUACUGACCGUCGCUGCCCGACGAAACGGUGUCGUUCCCGCCGGCUGGGGAUCCGGUGCUGCCGCUACCUCCGUCCCCGGCACCUGCCAGGCGACUUCGAUCGCCGGCUCCUACUCCGUUGCCCCCACCCCCACUUUCCCGGCUAGCCAGACCCCUGCGACCAGCGGCACCAGUGCUACUACCACCUACACCAAGCCCACCGUCACCGCCACCGCACCAACCGGCACCAGCUGCGCCCAGGCUACGGCCGUCGCCGUGACCUUCCAAGAGCUGAAGACGACUACCUAUGGCCAGACCGUCAAAGUCGUCGGCAACAUCGCCGCCCUCGGAAACUGGGACACCAGCUCCGCCGUCGCCCUGAGCGCCUCCUCGUACACUGCCAGCCAGCCGCUGUGGAAGGGAACCGUCACCCUGCCCGUGGGCCAGGCCAUCCAGUACAAGUACAUCGUCCAGAACACCGACGGCUCGAUCACCUGGGAGGCCGACCCCAACCACUCCUACACCAUCGCCGCGACCUGCUCCACCUCUGUCACCAAGGACAUCGAUACCUGGCAGACCUAG